UUCUUCUGGACGACUUUGUGAAAGCAGACCCUGGGCAAGAAAAAGCACGGGAGGGGUGAUUGCAGAAGUAAGAGGAUUAGAUCGCAGCUGACGGUACUAUCCGUAAACUGGAAGCCCUGGGAUCAGGGUUUUUUCAACAUUUGUUACACCUUCCUAAAAGACAGAGCGGAGAGGGGGUAGUGUCGUCUAAAACGAGAUCUCGGCGCCUUUAAGAGGGCACGCGCAAAGGCGCGCUCGCGUGAGAAAGUUUGAGACAGAGGGACACGGCACGAGCCAAAGGUCUGAUCUCCGAGGCUUAGAGACCAGCACGGGGUCUCUUUGAAAGGUACUGCAGAAGUGGACAAAAGUCAGCCGUGAAAAUAAACAGAGAAGAAGAAAAGAGAGAGAGAGAGAGAGCGAAUGAAAGACACAUAUAUAUGACCGUCUCAAGCAGCGGCAUGACUGUACGCACCGGCGGCUGCAUCUUCGCCAUUGUCACCGUACUUGUGCUCCUGCUUAUUGUUGCCGAUAUUUCCGAAGUCGAGGAAGAGAUCGGAUGGUCAUGAAUCCUCAUAAUCUGGUGGGUCACCUCUGUUGUGGAGAAGGAGUAUGUGUUCCCUCCAAAGUCAGCAUUUCUUUACUACGAAAAAUUCACUUGCCAACUGGAUACCACAUCAGUUUGCAAGAAACCCCAAAAGCAGAGGUGCUAAGAAAUCAUCUUCUAGCAGCUUACAAGGCAAACAGAGCAGAGAUGAUGGCUACCAAGGAAUCUCUUCAAAGCGGGAUGCUAUAUUUGACAAAGAUAAAGAAGAUCAAGAGAAAAGCAUUGUGCCAGUUGUUUCCGAGUGGAAGCUGAAUAGAACCUUGUCUCUUAAUAUGAGACGGAACAUUUUGCGAUUUUUGGAUGCUGAACGGGACAUUUCAGUUGUGAAGGGAAAUCUGAAACCUGGAGACACAAUCCAUUAUAUAUUUGACAGAGGAAGUACAAUGAAUAUUUCGAAGAGCUUAUACCAGCUAGUCCCAAAAGAAUCUCCAUUAAAGGGACAGCAUUUUCAGAAGUGUGCCAUUGUGGGAAACUCAGGAGUUUUAUUGAACAGCGGAUGUGGCAAAGAGAUUGAUACUCAUGAGUUUGUGAUCAGGUGCAACCUUGCUCCUGUGCAGGAGUUUGCAAGUGACGUUGGUAUACGAACAAAUUUAGUGACAAUGAACCCUUCUGUGGUCCAGCGGGCUUUUGAAGAUCUUGCCAACGACACAUGGAAGGACCGCUUGCUGCAGCGUCUCCAGAAUCUGAAUGGCAGUAUCCUGUGGAUUCCUGCUUUCAUGGCAAAAGGUGGAGAGCAACGAGUUGAACUGGUCAACAGCCUGAUUCUCAAACAUCAAAUCAAUGUGCAAACUGCCUAUCCAUCUCUGAGGCUACUUUAUGCAGUCAGAGGGUACUGGUUGACAAAUAAGGUUCCAAUAAAGCGUCCAUCCACCGGCCUGUUAAUGUAUACACUAGCAACUCGCUUUUGCGAUGAGAUACAUCUCUAUGGCUUCUGGCCUUUCUUGCAGGACCAGAAAGGAAAUUCAGUGAAGUACCACUAUUAUGACAGCCUUAGGUAUGAGUUUGACUCUCAGUCUAGCCCCCAUGCCAUGCCACUUGAAUUUCAAGCUCUCCAGCGGCUUCAUCAGCAGGGGGCGCUCAAGCUCAACAUUGGAGACUGUGUGGCGGACACAUAAUAGUUGCAAGGAACCUGCAUCAUAAGGUCAGAAUCUUGAAGGCAACUCAAGUAGUGCCAUAGUUUCUACAUGUGCUUCAGAGGAGCCUGGGAGUGCUGAAAUGGUAGUUAUGAUAAAGGAGCUGUCAGGCCCAAAGAUUUGUAAGAAUGUCCCCAGCAGGGUGCUCCUGGAUUUGCCUCCAUUGAGCUGGAUCCCAAGAAAGUUUACUGGCACUUACAGACGGAUGCUUCCCUGCAAAUAUCAACUAGUCAUCUUAUAUGUUUGAUUAUUGGCAGCUUAGAAGAUGGCUUUUUCUCAACUGUUUUUAGUAUCUGUCUUUGUAGGUGGCCAAGGAUCAAGGCCGCAAUGUUUUCUCUGACUGAAUGCCUGCGUUUGUGCACAUGGUUAUGUCAAGUGAUAGACCUGGCAUCUCUCUGGAUUCCCCAUUUGAACAUUCCUGUCAGUCAUGCAAAUUCCACAUUUAAAAGAAUGAGAAUCACCAAAAAUAGUAAAUUAUGUAGUCAAGGAUCUUGAGGAGUAAAGAAAAGUCUCAAAAAGUGAGAUGUUUAGAAUCUUUAUGUUGUACCAUUGCAAUUACAGUUCAUAAAGACUUGACACCAGCACUGAAGACCUCUUAACGGAGAAGUGGCACAUAACUGAAUGAUAACAAACAAGAGGUGUCAGCCAUCAGUAACUUCGUAUCUCCUGCAAGACAUCUCUAAACAACAUGGACAAGUCUGAGGAUAGCUGGGAUCAGGCCCCAGUGUCUGUGUCUGUGUGCAAAUGUUCUCCUUGUGACAUUCUGUUCUCAUAGAAAUCUCUGCAUGUUAUCUAAAACAACUGAAAAGAUACUUGACAGAUGCAAAUCUUGCUUUCUUUAAAUAAAAAGUCAAUUUUUCCCUUUCGGUAUCUUCAUUUAACUUGAUAGGUCAAUGGCUAUUUGAUGGGCUGUAAGAAGUGUGUGUGAUUAUCUUUUCCUUAGCUGACCUUCUUCAUAAGACAAUGAAAGGAGCUAAAAGUAGUCAGCCCUACACCACACCAUGUCUCCAUCAGGACUCUGAGACUGAGAUCUUCUCAAUGUCACUUAACUCUCAGUCUCAAUGAAGUUAGCUUGCAUUUUGGAAAUCCAACGGACCUGACCAAUGCAGCUGAGUAACUACAAUUCUUCAAUUUCUUAGAUGUUCCUGAUAAAGAAAACUAUUUUGUGAUCUAUGCAAAAUAACAUGCCAGGAAACCCUGAGUCACAGCAUAAGAGGGAACAAAUCUAGUCAUUAGCUACAGUGGACACAACGGCAAGCAGCAGAAAAUUAAUACAAAUGGGGCACACCAAAUAACAAGUGACCAAGUGACUAGUUCAAGAUAUGCAGGGUGUAAAUUGGCAGAAAAUUAAAACAACGCACACAAAAUACACAGGGCAUUAAAAUGUGGUGAGCACAAAAUCAGAUGGACGACAGCAUUAUCCAGUGGCAUGCUCAAAAUCGGAGUCGAGUGUACAGAAAAGAAAGAUACAAAUUCAAAAUGAAAGAAGAAUGCAGGUUGGUGAAAAGAACUAUCAGUCACUUCCCAGUGACAGUUUGAAGAUAGUAGUGGCGUAGACUGGAAAAGUUCAUAUUUUUAAUUUGUAGAUGUGAAUUUUAAAAACUGAAUUAUAUGUUGUUACUGUGACCUGUGUCAAUACAAGUGAACACCACUUUCACUUUUGAUUUCAGCUCUUAUGCUGCCGUUCUAGUUUAAUAAAAAUUCAAGUAUAAAAUCA